CGGGAUGAUACGCACUUGACAAUCGUCCCUACAAUGUCGACUCUUCUUCCCAGAUCGCCCUACAGCGAAUCGGAGCUUGCUCAGCUCUACCCACCCACCCUCCAACUGUGUCAGGUCCAGGUGCUGCUCAGGCAUGGCGAGCGUACUCCGGUGUCAUCGCGAUUCAAAAAUGCCGGAUUGAACGGGACAUGGAACUAUUGUAGAGCAGCAAACGAGCUCAAGGCCACCAUCCUUGCCGCCGACGGCUCGUGGGACACGCUUGCCUGGAAGAGGAGGAUGGAGACAUUCGGCGUCGAGGAUACUCCCAAGCUGGCAGCAGGCUCCAGAGGCGACAUUGAUGCCGUAUGUCAGCCGGGAGAGUUGACUGACCGAGGCCGUGAAACCACGCUCGCUCUCGGUCAGCGAAUACGAACGCUCUAUGUCAAUCAGCUCGCGUUCUUGCCUGCGUUCCUGGACGAGCAAAACAAGUCGAACGUCAGUCUGAGGGCCACACCGAUCCCGCGAGCACUGGAGAGCGUACAGCAGGCCUUUGUCGGCCUAUACCCAGCAGCAUCUCGAUCGCCAGGCCUGCUGCCUCCUGCAAUCGUGCAGCGAGCUUUCCAAGAUGAAACUCUGUUCCCAAACGAAGGCGCUUGCAAACGCUUCGCUGAGCUCGCACAUCAAUUCGCCGACCGAGCUGCAAAUAUCUGGAACGAUUCGAACGAGAUGAAAUAUGUCAAUCAAAAGAUCGGGAAGUGGAUGCCCAAGGAGAGUCCGAUCAUCAAGGUCGACUCCCAUCCUCGGUUAAGUGGAGUCAUGGACUCCAUCAAUGCUACACUUGCACACGGUCUGGACACUAAGCUGCCCGCUGCGUUUUACGAUGAGACUGUUCGCGCCAACAUUGACAGAAUAUGCGUGGAAGAAUGGUUCGCAGGCUACCAAGAGAGCGCAGAGUACAGAAAAUUGGGCAUUGGUGGUCUCAUUGGCGACGUCACGCAGAGAAUGGUCGAGCAGACUAUUGGUGUUCCAAAAGAAGGCCAGGGGGAGCCAUUGAAAUUCAGCAUGUCCGGCUGUCACGAUACAACCAUUGCUUCCACACUUGCAGCUCUAGGAGGAUUUGACUAUGAAAAGAAUAAGUGGCCGAAUUUCACCUCCUCAGUUGCAUUCGAACUAUUCAAAUCGAAAGAUACCUCCAUGAGCCCACCCAGCAGUAACGGCAAAUCCUGGCUAUCAUCCCUCUUCUCGUCAUCAUCAUCAAAAGCGAAUGUUGACACUGCCUCUCGAGCACCUUUGAACAGCAUGCCACAGUCCACGCAGCACAAACUCGAAGGGCACUAUGUCCGUUUACGCUAUAACGACCAACCUGUCACGCUUCCCUUCUGCAAAGCUCCGGGCAGACAUUUGGAAGGGGACGAGACGUUUUGCACACUCAAGGCUUUCAAAGAGGCCGCAGAUAUGGUCACUCCCAAAGAUUGGAAGCUUGAAUGUAAAAGCAACCUUGGAGCUAGUGCUUUCCCGGCGAAAAUAGAGCCGCCUCCUGGUGUCGGAGUGUGAGUUAAGGUUGUCAGAGGCAGAGGCAGAGUGAUCGAUACUACAAGGUACCUCAGGUACCUUGUAUAUAGAGUGCAUGGCUUUGCAGAGUAUCUUCCUAGACGGGAAUGGAAAAUGGAAAAUGCCAACAUACAGCCAACGCAUCAGAUACUCUUGUCCCUUCCUAUGUGUAGAUGGUUCGCAGAAAGGUGCUGUAACAAAGUUCAACUGGGGGUAUCGUGAUCGGCUCAAGACGCAAAGGUCGAGCUUCCAACAUAAUAACAACAAGGAAACAUGUUCGGCGUAUUGCCUCUUGCCUGCUUGCCUGCCGCCUGUAUUCCUCAAUGUGCUUGUUCGUUUCCUGGCGUGGGUGUUCCUGUGCCAAAUUCCAGGUCCCCCGUUCAUCACCGACUGUUCGACCGACCGAACCCCCCACCGCGCGACAGACACACAAGACAACAACAACAAAAAUAACAACAAGAAACGCCUCUUGCUCAAACAAUACACAUACACAAACAUAGCUCAAGUCUCAGAGCUUCAACUUCAAUGUAUAGUCAAUCUUCUCUUUGGCCAUCCAUUCUCGCAACAUGGCAUGUCCAGCUCUGGCUGCACGCACAGGCGUGGUAGCAACACCAAUAGGCAACUUAUAAGGACCAGAAAGCAACUUUGCAGGAUCCAGCUUAUCGUCGUUCGGGGGGAUUUUCUUCGUUCGUCCCUUCCAACUUCUCGGAAAAGUUUCCUGUAAAGUGUCGAGAUCGAGCUUCUCUUCCAGGCCCGCAACAGCUCUAGUCAGGAGGAGAGCAGUGUCGACGAGGACUUCCUGCUUGGGCGGGUCGGAAACGAGAGUGCUGAUUUCUAAAAUGCGGGCGUUGAUCACAAUACCCAGAGCGCACACGAGGCCGCUCAGGGGCGUAAACGCAGAGGUAGUGUGCUUGACAAACGCGUAGAAGGCAUUGAGACUACACCAAACCCUGUACAUGGGAGGCCGUUUCGGGUCUGCACACGCAUUGCCCUCAUCCACGCAUGCGAACGCUAGGAGGUAGCAUAGUAGUGACUCGACAGCUUUGACAGCAGCCAGUUUCUGAUCAAGGCCAGUCUGCGAGUGGUUGAGAUGGGCAGUAGCCGAGUGCUUCAACUGUCGACCUAGGUCCUCAAGCCGCUUCUGCUCCAAUUCAAAGGCAUUCAGUCUGUGGGACUUGCUGCUCGGCUGACUGGAUGGUGGGCGAGUGAUACCACUCGUCGAAGUGCUCCCAUUCACAAUGGGCGUGUUGGCCGCCGCUGGCGGAGUAUGCGUUGAGUUGCUGUCCUGUGAUAGCUCUCGCUUCAUCGAGUGCGACAAGAAGUCUCUGCGUGUUCCCGGUGUAUUGAGCUGACCUGACUUGGGAACUAUUGGUGAGUCCAUUUCUCGUGGCCCUGGUGUGGAUGGUUCUUUGUGUGCAUCAGCGGCCUCGAAUUUCCUGCGCUUAGCAGACGGACCUUGCCUGUCAUCAUCGGACUUUCGUUUCGGCGGAGAAGUCGGAUUCUCCGCAAGCUUGAUUGGUCGCUUCCCGGACUGCUUGGGCACGGUUUUCUCCGGUUUUCUGGCAGGCGUCUCCCCCGCCACUUCUUUCUUGUCCUUCUUAACCGGUCCAACCUUUUGAGCAACUCCUUUUAGCUUCGCCGACUCGUCCUUGCGCUCCUCAUCGGGCUUUUCAAUAGACUUCGUCGACACUUUCGGCUCUUCGCUUGUGCUCGGUGACAGUAGCAUGCUCUUGUCGGGCUUUGACCGCAUCUUCAGAAUCCGCAGAACAUUCUCUUUGCGGUGCCGUCCGUACUUCAAUCGGAUGACCAAUGAUGCCGACUUCUCCAGAUCCUCAGGCAUUUGGGCUAUCUUGACCAAUGCUGAUGCUUCAACGUCUGCUUUGUUGGCACCCUUCGCCUUCGGCACCUUGGCGACAGCAAUCUCAUCGUCCUGCGAAUGCUCAAAAGUUUCGGCUCGUUGGGUAGAGGCGACUGCGGCGGCCUUUGCCUCAAGCUCAGAACGAACCGCUGGGCUACUCGGGCUAGCGCGAAAGCCAUUGCGUGGUAUGGGAGACUUGUGCUUAGUAAUGCCUUCGGUCUUCUUCAACGGCGUGAGCUUGCCAUUCUUAUCCUUGACGAUCGUGCUUGGCGUUGGCAGAUUUGAACUUGAUGUCUUAGACGAAGGCCGUAUAUUGUUGUACGCUUCUAAAGCUUUCGUGAUGUUGUCGGGAAAGGAGAGUGACAGUCGCGCAGGCAGCUGCUCGCGAGCAUCUGCGGGGCCUGCUGAAGCUCCCAGCACUGUAGUCGUAUGUGCAGUGUGCAAUGGCGAUAGUUUGUCAGGCAGCCCAGGCGACAACCGAGGAGGUGAAAGACGAGGAGGUAAUUCGGAUUCGCCCAUUCUGGUCCCGUUGAGGAGCUUGUUUUGUGAUCGCGCCGUCGUACUCUUCUGAUGCCGUGGCGUAUCGGUCUCGACUGAUUGAGCCUCUGCCUUCAGCUUCUUUAGGCUGGGCUCAGCUUCGCCAUGUUGUGCCCUGCUUUCAGGUCUGCCCGCUUCACUUUGCUCCAUCCUCUUGCGCUUCAAGUCACCAUGCUCUGGCGACCUUUCCCUUUGCAUUUUUUGCUCUUCUUCGUUCUCAUCUGCUACCGCUGCUAGCGUCUCCUGUGUCUCCGCUUUGACGCGCUCCACGGGGCCCUUGACGGCAGGUUGCUUUCCUGCUGCAUCCACGCUCUUCUGCGCAUCGAGCUCUGGAGUCACCGCAUCGCCGUUCUGCUUGCCCUUCUUGUACGCGCUGAAGCUGAUCUUCUUCUUGGGUCCAGUGUUAGAAAUAUUUGUGCGCAUGCUCGGCCGCGGCUUGUCCUGGCUGCCACUAGAUUCGCUGAUCGGUCUGCUAUUAUGCAGCAUAUACAUCUCUUUGCCUGGCUCGUGGUAGUGGAAGGUCAGGUACUGGGUAGCCUCGUGCUCGCCGUCCUCGAACGGCGUGCUGUAUAGCCAUUGCUUCGCCUGUGACUCGUAAUGAUGGUGAUAUCGCGGCUCCACGUCUUGUGGUAUCGUAAUGACAUAGGGAUCGACGGUGAUAUGAUCGCGCAUGCGCUGCAGUUUCGUGUCGAUGGCGUCGAGAUCGGCUUGCUCGUCUUUGUUGGGUGUCCAUGUUACGGUUCCGGGCGGUCUGUCUUGUGCCCCAUGUGCGAUACCAGGCAUGAUCGCGCAGAGGUGACGCAGGGCGCUAUGAAUAGAUCAUGGGGGUCGCAGUGCUGCUGAGGUGGAAGCGCGCAGCAUUGGGCGGAUCCACCGCGAGGACUCUGGUAUUCGACGUGAGUGGGGGUGAGCAGAGGAGGGCAGGCAGGGCGGGCAGGGCAGGGCAGGACAGGACAGAGCAGAGCAGAGUAGAGUAGAGAAGCAGGCGGAAUGCGUCGCAGAGAAGGAGGUUGCUGUCUUGCUUGUCGCGACGACAGUGAGACAGGUCCAAUGUGGUUAUUGAUGUGCACGUGGUUGCGCGAUGUGCAAGAUCGCCUGCUGGAGAUAUGAGGUCAGGUAGGCAGCUGUGGUGAGCCUGGUAAGGCAG